AAGUUCAGUGUUGACUGUUGCCGCUGGAGUUCUGUAUUCUGUAAUAAUUGAGUCGUAGCUAAACGCAACGUGGAGCGGACGCGCGUAGCUCCACUUUUACAAGUUUUAUAAUCACGAUAUACCCGUUUAUUCUGACCCUUGAUUCACGAGUGAAAUAAGACUAUACAGUGCUAAAUAUUCAGUGAAAAUUAUUUGUGUUGAGUGCGUGUUGCCAGUAAUAUGGAGCUAGAUAAACAAACACCCAUGAAACUUAAAGUGCUUCAUGUUUUAAGAAGAUUUAUCGCUAGGAUAGCUCGAAUUUUCUUCAGCUUGUAUUAUUACAAUGAUAGCAAGAAAAUCCCACCGAUAAAAAGUGAUAUUCUGAAAGAGCCGGCUAUUGAAGUGGCCAGAAAAAUUAGAAAUAAAGAGAUAACAAGUGUGGAAGUACUGGAAGAAUGCGUCAAAAGAAUUAACGAUAUCAAUUCACCUAUGAAUUGUUUCAUAGAAAAUCGAUUUGAGUUAGCGUACAGAGAGGCUCGGGAGGCCGAUGCACUCAUACAGAGUGGAACUAAAUCCGCUGACGAAUUGCUUAAAGAGAAGCCCUUCCUUGGCGUCCCUUUUACUUGUAAAGACAGUAUCGGUGUUAAAGGUCUUCACCAAACUGCUGGUGUCGUGUCCCGGAGAGAUUACAUAGCCGAAGAGGACGCCGAAGUCAUUAAACUAUUACGUAAUAAAGGAGCCAUAAUAAUUGGUACCUCGAACGUACCUGAAGUGUGCAUGUGGUGGGAAACACACAAUCACAUAUAUGGAAGAACCAAUAACCCGUACGACACUACAAGGAUUGUCGGAGGUUCCUCUGGGGGUGAGGGAGCCAUGCAAGGAGCUGGUGGCAGUAUUUUCGGCAUAGGUUCGGAUAUAGGAGGAUCAAUCCGCAUGCCAGCUUUCUUUAAUGGAAUAUUUGGACAUAAGCCUUCGCGUAACAUAGUUUCUAACCAUGGGCAAUACCCAACUCCAAACACCGAAUAUAUAAAUUCAUUUUUGGGUGUUGGUCCAAUGACGAGACACGCAGUUGAUAUGAAACCGAUAUUAGAGAUUAUAUCCGGUGAGAAUAGUAAAAAACUGAACCUUAAUGAACCUGUUGAUGUUGGAAAACUAAAGGUAUUCUACCAAAUAAACAACAAUGCUCCACUCACAGACCCUGUUGACCCAGAUAUUGAAACUGCCAUGUUAAAAGUCGUAGAAUAUUUGAACGUAAAGCACAAAAUAGUGGCAGAGGAGAAAAAAAUAUCACUGCUGAGAAAAUCUUUACCAAUCUGGUUUACAAAUAUGAAGAGUACCAAAUUAUUCGGCACCUUCCUCAUGAAAGAUUGUAGCAUUGUGUCCAUUAUAAAGGAGAUAUUUAAAAACAUCAUUGGCUGCUCGGAAAAUACGUUGAUCGCAUUAUUUACUUCGCUCCUUGAUUAUGGAGGAAUAAAAUACGAAGACGAAAAGUACAAAGCGUAUGUUAAACUUCGACAAGAGUUGGAAAAUAUAUUUAAAGACAUGUUGGGUGAUGACGGAGUAUUUUUGUACCCCACACAUCCGACCCCAGCGUUGUAUCACAAUGAACCAGUGUUGCGAUCUAUGAAUUUCGCGUAUACUGCGAUAAUAAAUUGUCUUGGGUUCCCAGCUACUACUAUUCCAUUAGGACUGAGCCGAGAAGGCCUUCCCGUUGGUAUCCAAGUAAUUGCAAAUCAUAACAAUGACAGAUUAUGUCUCGCUUUCGCUGAGGAACUAGACAAAGCUUUUGGAGGUUGGAUAGAGCCACAGAAUAGUUCAAAAUAGAAACUUAUUUAAAAUCAGUAUUAUAGUUUAAAGUUACUACAUAUUUUAUAUGAGGAAGGCUUUUAAAUAAAAAAGCAGGUUAAAUAGCACAUGCUACACUACAUGUUUUGUAUUUUAUUACAAAAUAUUUACUGCAUAUUGUAUUUUGGAAAGUAUGUGCCUAGAAUAUAAUAGGUAUUCCAUUAAAUGGAAGAAGAAUCAUCAAAGUUUAAUAAAAAAUUUCAGAAACAAGUUGGAAAUUAUAAAUAAUAAAUAAUUUGUAAACACAAUGUUUGAAAAAACUAUAUUUUAAUAAACAUUUAAUGAGAUUUAACGAGAUUAAUAUGCUUUUGCACGAAAAUUUGAAAUUGUUCUAUGAAUUAAUAUUAUAUUGAUUAUUGUCACAAAUAAAAAUACAAUUAUAA